UGUCUCAUAGCAAAGGGUCUGAAUACUUAUGUAAAUAAGUUUAACUUAAAAAAAAAUAAAAAAUUGCAAACAAUUCUAAAAACAGGAUUUUGCUUUUAAAAAUGUAUUUAAUGAAUGUUAGUGUAAUGCUGUAACGUAACAAAAUGUGGAAAAAGUCAAGGGGUCUGAAUACUUUCAGUCAAAGGGUCUGAAUACUUUCCGAAUGCACUGUAUACAUCUGCCUCAGCUAUUGCAAACAUCCAUACACAACAUAUCGUCCAGUCCUAUCCAAAACAAAUAAUUUGUGGUCGUCUGGAUCGCUGGAUAUUGCGUUUUGGAACAAAACUCUUCAUUUAUAUUUCCUGCCAUACAUCACCCAUCUUGUUGUGGCUAUGUAAUCAGAUUUGUACCAUGCCAUGUAAUUCAGCCCACCUCACCAACUGUCAGAUCACUGGAAGGAAUGGAAUGGUUAAUGUAUUUGUAAAAACACAACCAUUGUUCUGUUCAAUCUACCUCUUUAAUUUGUUUAUCUGAUGAAUAAGAUGAAUAGGCUAGAAUCUUGUAUUGCAGAGGAAGGCAACCCUGGUCCUGGAGUGCUGCAGGCACUUCAUGUGUUUGAUUUAAACGACCUGGAAGACCAGUGUGUUGAAUUUAUGCAAUCACUGAACUUAUCAAUUAGCUCAGUUGAUCAGGUGUGGCGCCUAGUUGUAACAAAAUCCUGUUAUAUGUGUGGCACUCCAGGAACAGGGCUGCCUACCCCUGUUGUUUGUAUAUUGGACCAUGUUUGUAAUUAUUUAUGGUAAACCACAGAAAGAGAAGCUGCUUAUUAAAAUGAACUUAACUGGGAAGCAGAAAGAGCAUUGUCACAUUCUAACUGAAUUGCAUUUGUAAUUCUGCAGCAGACUAUUUCUGCCUUUUUCUGAUUAAAUCCAAUGUUUUGAGAAAUAGAAAGUUAAUUGAUGUACACUUAUUAGGCUUUAGGUUAGCUUACAGUCACAAUACUGUUUUUGUUUAAUGUACAUUGUUUUAAUGUAUUUAAUAAUUAAAAGUCAUGUGACAGAAACAAACUGCUGUUUCCAACCAUCUUUAUGUGUAUGCCAUGAACAGUUUAUUGAAAAAGUGCAUGUCAUUACAUUAGUUACCCAGCAGUUGCAAAACAGCAUGCAUCAUAUAUGAGCCUGCUGCCUCUGUAAUGUCCAAAGGGCCAAAGUCAAUGUUUUGUAUUGGAUGCUGUACCUGACCAGGUUUAGGUGUAGGUUUAUUUUCCCUUCAUUAUACAUUUUAAAUUGAAUGUCAAUGUCAGUUCAUGAAUUUACUCCUCCCAAGUACAUAGGUUUCAAAACCCACAAGACAUGCUUCACAGAGGUUUCAUGCGCCUCCCUCCUGGUAGUUAUCUUCCUGCUGGGGGUUUGUGGGAAUUGGGUGGUAUUCUCGAUUGCUGGUCUCAAGAUGAAGAAGACCGUCAACACCAACUGUUACCUCAGCCUGCCCAUCUCCGACUCCAUAUUCUGUGCCUGUCUCCCCUUCAACAUCAUCUACAUGGUAGCAAAAGACUGUAUCUUUGGGCUGUUCAUGUGCAUGUUCACCUCUUUCACGAUGUUCCUUAACAUGUUCAGCAGCAUCUUCCUCCUGGUCAUCAUGAGUGUUGACCGUUAUGUACUGGUCGUAUAUCCAGUUUGGGCCCAAAACCAGUGUACCGUGAGGAUGGCCUCUGCAGUUUUGGUCCUUGCCUGGGUCAUCUCUGUUGCACUCAGCAUUGCCUCCAUAAUGUUUUGUCAGGUCACCACAGACUACACAACAACAUGCUUUAACAACUACCCAUCCCAAAAUAGCCACCUAAUUGUAGUUAUGAGUCGAUUUGUCAGCAGCUUUGUGCUCCCGCUUCUCCUAAUCAUCUUCUGCUUCUCUGUCAUCACCCUGCAACUGAGGACCAACAGGAUGACCAGGUCCUCCAAGUCCUUUAGAGUUAUGACUGCCCUGAUAGCCAUGUUCCUCAUCGGCUGGCUGCCCUACCAUGUCUUCAUUAUACUGCAAUCCGGAGCCAGGGAUCAAGCUUAUCUAACUGUUAUUCAUGAAGGUCUGAAGAUAUGAUGGACUAAAUACAUACUAACCAACGUCUGGUGU